CUCAGCAGCCCGGUCCAGCCCUCGGCAGGCAUUUGCUCCGGGCUCCAGGACCGGAUCCUCAUCAGCUGGUGCGUCUGGGCUGGGACAGUGAAAAUGUUGAAUGUCAUCGGCGACCAAUACACGUACAGGGGACCCCAAUAGGCAGGCUUGUUGUCGGGGGGACAGGAAGCCAGGAGUGAAGUCCGACAUAGGUGUGCGCACACACAUAUGUGUAGCCGGCCACAUGUGUGUGUACUUUAAGGAGAGACUUUAGUUUUGGUUUUUGUUUUGGUUCCUGGGGUGAAUUUUCUCUUGAACAUUUUUCCUUCCUAUUUUUUUUUUUUUUGCAUUUAAAACAAUUUGAAUAUUAAAGGUAUAAGAAUCAAACCUUUGAAAAGACAGGCGUGCAGCAGACGGCAGAUGGAUCCUGUGGCCAGCAGCUGCAUGCGGAGCCCCCACCCCCCAGCCCCUGUCUGGGGUUGCCUUCGAAACCCCCACUCCGAAGGCAGUGGGACAUCAGGGGUACCCCACUACCCGCCAACCCCCUUCUCCUUCCACCAGAAACCAGACUUCCCGGCAACAGCGACGGCAGCAUACCCCAACUUCUCGGCCUCCUGCCUGGCGGCCACCCCACACAGCCUACCCCAGGAGGAGCGUGUCUACACUGAGCAGCACCCUGCCUUCCCUCAGCCUCCCGACUGGCACUUUCCUGUCUUGGAGGCCCGGCGCAGGCUCACCCCAGGCCCGGCUGCGGGCUCCAGGGAGAUGGGGGCCAGCAGCCCAGGCCUGGUAGACACCACAGGAGGUCCAGGUGAGGACUAUGAGGUCCUUGGGAGCACUGUCAACGAGACGGAGAAAAAGUCAACCAGACGGAAAAAGGAGAUUUCAGACAACCAAGAGAGCCGAGGGAAGCCAGAGGGCGGCAGCAAGGCCCGCAAGGAAAGGACGGCUUUCACCAAGGAGCAGCUGCGGGAGCUGGAGGCCGAAUUUGCUCACCACAACUAUCUGACCCGGCUCCGGAGAUACGAGAUCGCUGUCAACCUGGACCUCUCGGAGCGGCAGGUCAAAGUGUGGUUCCAGAACCGGAGGAUGAAGUGGAAGCGCGUGAAGGGGGGUCAGCCCAUCUCGCCCCGUGGGCAGGACCCCGAGGAUGGGGACUCUGCAGCCUCUCCAAGUUCAGAGUGAGACUCUCAGAGAGAAAACAAGCUGAGGACUUCAUUCCUUACCUAACUCCUCCACCCCAAUCCCACCCUCACCUGCCCUCUACCCCGGGCAGCCCUUUCCACACCCUGCAGUGACUCAUGGAUCUGGAGUUGCCCACAGUUCCUGGGAGUCUGAAGAGUCCCAGAAAGUUCUGUCCAACAUUGCUCUAUCUCAGCCAUCUCUUGCCUGGGGCCUUUGCUUCCCAACCUUUGUGGGGCACACAGCAGCCUGACCCCCUGAGAAUCAGGGGAACAGCUCCACGGAUGCUGCUUCUCGGGGGGUCUCUUGGCUGCCAUCCACACCUCCUCCUACACUGCCAGGCCCUUCAGACCUGGACAUCACCUAGCCUGUUGGGAGAGAAGCUGCAAGACCAGCUAGUGAAUCAUGAAAUCAAGUGUUCUGAAAGAAAGGCGAUCUCCUACACAGCUUUCCUUUAUGGGCUCUGUCUGAGGCUUUGGUUGCCUCAAGCCCCAGGAAAAUCAGUGCAAAGAGGGUUGAGGACCAAAACUCAACAAAUCAGAAACCAGUCCCUGUCUCUAAAUUUGUUGGCCCUGAAGUGGGCAAAUCUGUGAGCACCGGCUGCAAGAAAACAGUAGACAAACAGCUUAGUGUAGGUCUUGCAGACCCCUUGCAGCCCAUCGUGGCAGCUUGACCGGGUGGAUGAGACUGGACCAGGACAGCACCUGUCCCUCCAGCUAAGUCCAGGGAUACAGCUGUGGAGUGGGCCCCAGAGCAAUGGAGCAGCUACUCCUUUUAAAUCCACAUUUUAUGGCUUGACAACCUGUCCAGAUGUUCAUAUCGGGGAGUCAAGGGCCCCCCUAUGGUAGCUCCCAUGUUCUGAGAAUGGAGAGGUCAUGGAGGGUUGCUGGGUGAGGGCCUAGAAACAUGGGAACCAGAAGUGAAAGUUCCUGCAGCUACACCGUCCUGUGCUCUGACUACCAAUGGGAAAAAGAAAACCGUUCCUCUGGUUCCACAGAUGAAUGUGAGCCCCUCCCAUGUGUUCCCCAAAUGCUGUCUUUAGGGGAGGAAGGACCUGUUGAGUUUCUGUGUGUGGACUGCCCAGAUCCUGGUGACACUCCAGGACUGAUGGCUUGUGGGGGGGAGGGGGGAGGUGUACAGAAACCUUGGAAAGAGACCCCCUGCCUCCUCCAUGCUCUGUCCCCCGAUACCAGCUGGUAUUGCAGAGGGAGGUCAGCAAGAGUUUGGAGCUCUUGUAUAUAGAUUUAAUCAUUCAUGUGUAAAAAGAACCCCACCUCCCCAUCCCAGAAGGACAAAUGCUGUAGGAAAUGAUCGCCAAAUGAGAUGGCUGGGGAGAGUAUGUGUCAUUUUUUUCGAAAGCAUACUUCAUAUAUUUUCUUAAGAUUACAUCAAGUUAACUGUGUAAAUUCAAUUCACUUCCUAAAGAAAGUUCUUGGAGAAAUAAAAUCAAUUAAAAAGCAAAGUUCCUAGGCCCCGCAGAGCUAAGAAUCACAGUCCUGUGUUAUCCUCUGAUGCUCCUGUGAUAAUCGGCUGGACAACGUCUAGAAGCAACGACAUGAGGGAAGAACUCAUCUAGACCAAAGUAUCCCUCUUGAGGCUCUUCAAAACGUGGAGGUACAAAUAUAAUCAAUGCAGGAAAAAUGUCUUUUCUCCUUUGCAACCGUAUUGUCUUCAUUUCCUGUCGUGAAAUUUUAGCUUUCCAUUUCCUAACCUGUGACUUAUCAAAGAGUUGAAGUUCUGUAAACAAGGAUGAACUCUACGUAAUAAAGAAAUCUCAACCAUAAACCAAUCAUCCCUAAUCUUUAAAUUCAAUGUUUGGAGGUUUUUGUUUUUCAAAAUAAAACAACCUGGCAACAGUAAUAAA